AUGAAAAUUGUCCCUCUCCCUACCGCCGUGGACAUCGACCAGCCAACCACCAUUCGGUCGACCAUAACUCCUACAUUCGGCGGAGCUCCGUGCCGUCGCUGUCUGAAGAAUGCUUCCCUAAACGAAGACGUCUUUCUCAUCUCCUAUAACCCCUUUCUUCCCGAUAACCGCGACACUCCUUAUAGUGGCGCUGGCCCGAUAUUCGUGCAUGCGGAUGACUGUACGCUGUACGACGGAAGUGAGGACAACAAGCUGGGAAUUCCGGAGAAAUAUCAUGCUCGUUCCCUCACGGUGCGAGCGUAUGAUGCGGGAAACAUGAUGGUUUGGCAUAAAGUGCUUGAGGGAGCGAAGCUAAUGGAAACGCUAGAGAGUGAGGUGUUUGGGGAUAAGGAGUUGGAGGCGGAGUAUGUGCAUGUUUAUUUCACGGGGCCAGGAUGUUUCGCUUUCAAGGUUGUGCCGUAG